AUAUUAUGACUUAAAGGGAAACUCCGAUGGUUUUUCAAAUUUGAGUUAUUGACUUAGAUCUAUUUAAAUUCUGUGUAAAAAGUUGUUUUAUACUCUAUUAGUAUUAGUAAAGAUUUUACCAUUUUUUAUUUAAAUGCUUAGGCUUAGAAACAUUUAUUAAUAUAUUUAAUAAAUUAGACAGUAGAUUCUUGACAUCUCCAAAAAAACGGGGUUCUGUGAGAUUUAGUUUUUAGGUUAGGCAAACAUCACUUCCCUAAACAAUACUGAAAGGGAAACUCGAUUUAACCAAUCAUAUAUCGCUUCUUUCUUACAGUAGCUGCAGUGAUGGGAAUUUUCCGACAAUUGUCGGAAUUCCGAUAAUUUCGUCCGAUCCCGUUUGUCCGAAAAAAGAUCCGACGAAUUUUUCCCGCCGACAUUUCUGAAAAAAAAAAAAUCCGAUUUUUUUUUUUUUUUUUUUUUUUUUUUUUUUUUUGCGAUUUUAUUAUAUUCCCUUUAAUGAAAAAAUGCGAAAUAAGACUGUAAUAUCGUCCGAUCCAUUAUGUCCGACAAUAAAUCCGAUUUUUUCCCCAAUAUUUUAUUUUUAAAAAAUCCGAUUUUCUUUUUAAAACAAAAAAAUCGAUUUUGUUAUAUUCCCAUUAAUGAAGAAUGCGAAAUGAAAUACUGUAAUAUCUUUUGCACACGCGCACAUCCGAUAUUAGUCUAUUUAAAUCUACAAGGUAGAAAAAAUCCCACGCAAAACUUUUAAAAUCUCGAUCUUGUUUUCACUAGAGAGAACUAGUCGGGUUUCUAGAUCUAUAGUGAAUGAUUGCGCAUCAAUUUGGUUUUGAAGAUCUAGAUUUAGAUCUAGAUCUAUUUUUGUUCUUUUAUUUUUUUCAUGGAUUAUUUCUUUGCGUGCAGUUCGCGCAUUAAAUCUUUUCUAGAUUAGAUCUACUAGAUCUAGUUUAGUUUCGUUUUCUUAUGCUGACAUUGUGAGAUCUUGUUCAAAGUUGUUUUUAAAAUGUCAGGCAGUGACGGUAGUGUUAAAAUUAAAAUAGUAAACAGAGAAAGCGCUUGUAUAAAACAAAUUGACAAAAAUGUCAAGAAUAAAUUUAAAUGGGUAUGGAUGGAGGAGAAAGAUUGUAUGGGCGACUUUCUUUCCAGCUAUAUUAGGAAAUUAGAAGAUCCUGGGGUCGCCUGGUGCAUCAUUUGUAAAGAAAAAAUAAAGUAUGGUUCUGCUGGGAAAAAAGUUAUUAAAAUUCACGCAACUUCUAAAAAGCAUCAAAGUACAAGGUCAACUCUUAAAUCUUCAAGUAGCCUCCCAGCAUUGUUUCAAAACAGAAAAAAUCUUGAACAGGCAGUGACUGAGCCAAUACAAACUAUCUAUGGUUUAGCACCUAAUGUUUUACAAGCCCAGUGUUCUACAUUGUGUAAUGAGCCUGCAACAGCUGUAUAUGUAAGCAUGAAAGAUAGGGUGUCACACCAGGAAGCCUUACUAUGUAGUUUUAUUGCUGAGCAUUCUCUGCCACUUAGCAUUGCUCCUCACUUGGUUGCUCUAGCUCAAGAACUCAGCAGAGAUUCUAAAGCUCUGUCACAAUUGUCUAUGGAUAGAAAAUCUACAUCUUACAAACUUCGAGAUGGACUUUCUUCUGUGUUUCACAAAAGAUUAGUUGCUGAUAUGAAAAGAUAUCCAUUUUCACUCAAUCUGGAUGAAGCAACCAGUCAAGGAAGUAAACAACGGAUUCUCAACAUUUUGGUAUCAUUUUUCAAUAAGGAAGAAAGUGUAGUACACCUCUAUGCCUCAAUUCAUUUAACUACAGUAAAUGCAACCACUGUUUACAAUGCUGUUAUGCAGCAGUUCACUAAAGAUGACAUUCCAGUUAGUAAUUUAGUUUCAUGUCUUACUGACUCAGCUAGCUACAUGACUGGAUGUAAACAAGGUUUUUUAACUAAGCUAAAGACCAUUGCUCCAAAACUUUUAGAUAUUGAUAAUGAUGUUUGUCAUCAUGUCCAUAAUAUUGUGAAAUUGUUUUGUCAACAUUUUGAUAAAUUUGUAGAAAAUCUACUUGAUGAUCUUCACACUGAUUUCAAUUUUGGUAGUGACCUCAAUUCUUUCUUAGAAGACAUAUCAUUAUCAUUAGGUAAAAAGUAUUACAGACCAAAGGAAAGAGUUCCACAUAGGUGGCUAUCUGUAUUGGAUUGUUCAGUAGAUCUUGUUGAUAACCUAGAACCUCUAACAGUUUUUUACUAUGCCUGGCUAAAAGCUGAAGAUAAAAUGGCUUACAAUAGUGUAAUUAUUAAUAUUCUUAAGAAUAUUUCUAAAGACAGUAGAAAAAAUAUUUAUUCAAUUUUGUCUUCUUUGAGAUGUAAAACAUUAACACCUGCAGGAAAAGCAAGAAAAGUUAGAAUUUAUGAAAAAUUGUUUUUCUCUAGACCUAAACUGGACCAGCUUUUAAAUUUGUAUUUGGGAGUCUUGCCAUUGUUUAAAUCUUUUAUAUUGUUAUUUGAAUCAAAAGAACCAAGAAUUCAUCUGCUUUUUGAUGAGCAAAUUCAACUUAUCAAAAAUUUUUUAAUUUGUUUUGUAAAACCUGAGACAGUUAGAGAUUUUGAUUUUUCCAAAGUAGCAGAUUUUGAUUUAGACAAAGAUGUUUUUUUAAACUAUUCAUUACUGUAUACUGGACAAUCUAAAGUAAAUGUUUCAGAAAUGUUUCUCAAUCAGCUUUUAGUGGCAUACAAAGACUGUGCCAAAUAUAUGUUGCAAAAGUUUGCUUUAAAAAAUAAAACUCUUAGAUUACUCAGGGCAAUAAACCCUGGUACAGUUGGACACUCCCAAAAUAUGAAGAUGUUGUGCCAACUAGCAGAGAAAAUGCCAUUUUUUAACUGUGAAGAAGUUGCUGCUGUUCAAGAGGAGAUAAGACAGAUCCAAAUAGACAGCAGUCUCCAGUCAAAAGACUUUGCUAAGGACAGAAUUGAUCACUGGUGGGCUAUUUAUUUUAAAAGCCACCCAGACCAAUAUCCUCUUUUUUUUAAAAUGAUUAGUGGCUGCUUAAGUAUUUUUAGUGGGCCCAGAGUAGAGAGCUCCUUCUCAUUUAUGAACAGUUUGAUUACUAAAAAAACAAACAGAAUGGUGUGUCAAACUUAUGAAGCAUUUCAAAAAGUCAGAUAUUUUUUACAAUCAAAACACACAACUUCUCUCAAGUUGUUCCACAGAGAAGAUGUUGCCACAACACCUGUUGAUAAGGCAUUAAUUUUUCAUGUACAGACUGCAUGGACCAGAUAUAAAACUAGACUCCAGGCUCAGCAAGAAGAGAAAAAAUCUAAGUUCUCCCAUCUUAAUGUACAAAAGAUUGUUCAUAGUAAAACAAAUGUACAUGCAUUGGUUGAAAACAUCAAAUCAAAGUUGAAAGCCAGAGCUUUGCCUAAAAAAAGGAAACCUCAUAAUUCAACUCCAACAACUUCAAAAAAGAUAAGAACCAAAUGAUGACUCAGACUCUGUUAUAUUUUUUUUAUAUCAUUGUGGAUACAAUUAAAGUAUAUGUCUUUAUUUGUGGAAUAAAUAAUCUUAUUUUAUAUCAUGCAUAGUGUAAUUAUUAACAUUAUUUAAAGUCUCAUUAUAAAUGUACUGUUUAGUUUUUAAAAAAUAUUCAUCAGCUUCUUUUUUUGAAGCAGCUGCGGUAUGCCGCGAGUAGACAAACGCUGGUGUAUAAAAUUUCCUAAAAUUUUUGCAAAGUCAGUUCCCAUCACUGUAGCUGUCAG